GUACAUGCUUGCAUUUUUGAUAUAUCAACGACGAAUGCAAUCGGCAUAAAUAAUCUAGUGUAUAAAACAUAAACAAAAAGACCGGCAUUAAAAAGCUAUUUAAGGGACUGUAUAAGCUGAACUUUGUCUACAUAUAAGCGCACUGCAAAUGCUUAUAUUCAAGCGUUCACUAUUCUCGGUCCGCUAUUUGCCAACCUAUUUUACAUCGCGUAAGCUGCUUGUAACCUUUGUUGCCGCUAUUAAUAUAUUGAACACCAAGGGCUCGAUAGAAGGCAGAGUCGACGAAAGUUGCGGUCGUACUUUAUCUACAAGUUGUAAAAAUAUGAGUGAUUCCAAUGAAGAUUCGUAUACUGCAGGCACCAGCUCGGUCGCCUUUGUCACGACACCAGAUGACAAGUUGGCUAAAAAAUUAGCACAGAGUUUGGUGGAGCAGAAAUUGGCCGCAUGUGUCAACAUAAUUCCUCAAAUACAGUCCAUUUACAUGUGGGAAGGAAAAGUGAAUGAGGAUAGCGAAUCUUUGAUGAUGAUCAAAACACGGACCAGCCGUUUAGAUGACUUGAUCAAGUUCGUGCGUGAGAAUCAUUCGUACAGUGUAGCUGAGGUUAUAACUUUACCCAUUGAAAAAGGCAAUGUACCAUACCUGAGCUGGAUUGCGCAGACUGUGCCAGAUAAGAAGUGAAUUACUACGUGCUAGAAAUCGUAAACGCAUUGCGAUGUGUAUUGUAAACUUAAAAAAUAAAUCAUACCUAUUUAAUUGUUA